AUGAUUUGUUCUAGAUUGAAGGAGGUGCUGCCUGAUUUAAUUGAUGAUUGUCAAGGAGCCUUUGUCUCUAGAAGAUCUAUUCUGGAUAAUAUCCUUAUUUGUCAAGACAUGCUAAAGGCUUAUUAUAAUAAAAGGAAGACCCCUUGGUGUACCAUUAAGGUGGAUCUUAGGAAGGCUUAUGAUUUUGUAAGCUGGGAGUUUAUUCAGGGAAUGAUGUAUGCUUUGAAGUUUCCCACUCACUUCAUUUCUUGGGUAAUGCAAUGUGUUACUACUCCUACUUUCUCUUUACUGCUUAAUGGUGGUUCUUAUGGUCUUUUUAAAGGGAAAAAGGGAAUAAGGCAAGGUGAUCCUAAGUCUCCUCUCUUAUUUGUUAUUGUGAUGGAAUAUCUGUCCAGAUUGCUGAAGAAUGUUGGGAAAAAGAGGAGAUUUAAAUAUCACCAAAGGUGUAAGGAGCUUGCUUUAAAUCACUUAAUUUUUGCAGAUGAUUUGAUGUUGUUUUCCUAUGGGACUAAUGAUUCUGUCAAGCUCCUGAUUAAGGCUCUUAAAACCUUUGAAGCUAGAUCUAGUUUGCAGGCUAAUCUUGAGAAAACUGCAAUUUACUUUGGUAAUGUUCAGCAACCUGCCCAAGAUAGCAUUUUGUGCGAGUCUGGAUUUGUGAAGGGUAAUAUGCCUUUUAGGUACUUGGGGAUUCCUUUAAAUGCGAAGUAUUUGAAGAUGGUGGAUUAUGAUAGUUUGAUUGACAAGAUGCUGGUCAGAUUACAUUGCUGGAGUAGUAGGAAUCUUUCAUAUGCAGCUAGGGUCACCCUUAUUAAUGCUGUUGGUAAUGUUGUUCUAUCUACUACCCCUCCAAUUGCCUGGGAUUGGUGUUGCAGACCUAAGAAGGCAGGUGGUCUUGGAAUCAGAGAUUGCAGGAAGUGUAACAAAGCUGCUCUGGGUGUGUAUGUUUGGAAAAUAGCCAAGAAAACUGACUCUUUAUGGGUUAAAUGGGUACAUUCAGUUUACAUUAAAGGUUGGCUGAAUAACAAGUACAAAAUUAGAGAUGGGUAUAACUGGCUGCAAGGUGAUUUGGAUAAGGUUCAAUGGUGUAAUUGGGUUUGGAAUCCUUUCAACAUCCCAAAACAUACCUUUAUUGUACGGCUUGCUGUUUUGGGAGGACUUAAAACUAGAGAUAAUCUAUUUCAAUAUGGGGUGAGUAACAGCAGUGACUGCUUGCUUUGUGGUGAUGCUGUGGAAAAUUGCAGUCAUCUUUUCUUCUCCUGCAGUUUUAACAGGAAGGUGUUGAAGGCUGUUUCUCAAUGGAUUGGUUUUGAUAAAGAUCAGGUAGACAUUCUUCACAACUGGAAAUUAUGGAAAGCUGAGGGUAGGAACCAUGUUCAGAAGAAUUUGAUCCUGGCUAGUUUGACUGCUGUUGUUUACAGUAUUUGGCUUGCUAGGAAUCAUGCUCUAUGGCAUAGUGCUUUUCUUAGACCUGAAUUCAUUGCUAAGGUCAUUAGAAGGGAGGUGGUGACUAGGUUCCAGCAGAUAAUCAAUCAUACUUGGACAAUUGCUGACUGUAAAUGGCUACAUCAGCUUAGAAAUAGUGUCUAG